GGCUCCAUCGUGCUAUCGACCCACUUACCCGCUUUGUCACGCGUAAUCUUUGUACGUUAUGCGCUAGACAACACCGGCAGUCGAAGCGCGAGAAUAGUAGCAUCGAGUUUUUGGACGCGACGCGUAUAUAAAGAGGAUCCUCGUCUUUUGUGGAGGCUCUUCGGUGCGCUGCCUUCCAUCGCACACUGCUACACCCUAUGAUGGCUCGUUUCACUCUGGUCUGGGUGCUAGCUUCGAUCGUUCAGGUGUUCGCUCAGCCAUCCCCAGACGUGCAAAAAAGGAUUUCGGCAGCCAUCGCAGCUGCCGCUAACGCAUCGACCAUAGACUACACUGAGUUCGUCAACCCGUUCAUUGGGACAGACUUUAACUUCUAUGGUGAUGUCUGUCCAGGCGCGUCGGUCCCAUUUGGAAUGGUUAAGUUCACCACGGAUUUCACCGGUUAUGCUCCUGCUGGCUAUAUCGCGGAUCCCAGUCAAUCCGUUCGCGGAAUGUCCCCAUUACACGACUCCGGGACGGGUUCAUCACUCGGCACAUACGGGAACUUUGAGAUCAUGCCCCUCAUGUGUCCCGAUGGUUUCGACACAUGCACUACUCGUCUGGAUGACCGUGAACGGCUGAGGAAGAAUAACACCGAUGAGGCCUCACCCGGCUAUUUCGCUCUCACGCUCGACAACGAAAUCAAAAUGGAAGCGACCUCGACGCGUCGCGCCGGCCUCGAACGGUUCACAUUCCCGCACCAAACGACGCCCUAUUUCGUUCUGGACCUCGCGAACGACCUCCCUGCGUCUUUUGCGGGGGGUUCGUUGGAUAUCGAUCCGGAGAUGGGUAGGAUCACGAUUGGUGGGCAUUGGGGAUCUAGCUUCGGGCCCGGAGCAUUUCAUUAUCAGGCGUUUGCGUGUUAUGAUCUUCUUAAUGGCGGGAAUCAGACGUUGAAGGAGUAUGGAGUCUGGACAGGGGACGACUAUGGAUUAGACGCCAAAGGCCUCGGGAUGACCCACCUAAACCUCUCCGUCAACCUCAUCGGCGGAACGCCGUACGAAUCCGGCGCCCUCUUCUCCUUCUCCAACUCACCCUCCACCAUCCUCAUCCGCGUCGGCGUCUCCUUCGUCUCCUCCGCCCAGGCCUGCGCGAACGCGGAAUCCGAAAUUGGAGAUGCGACGUUCGAGGAGGUGUGGGAUGCGAGUCGGAGUGCGUGGAAUGAGAGGUUGAGGAAGAUUGAGGUUGAUUUUGAGUUGGGGGGGACGCCGGAGAAUGUGACGGAGAUGUUGUAUUCGAGUUUGUAUAGGGCUAGUUUGACGCCGAAUAACGCGACUGGAGAGACGCAGGGCGCGUUUGCGAAUACGACUUCGAUGUACUUCGAUUCGUUCUAUUGCAGCUGGGAUACCUUCCGAACCUUCUAUCCCCUCAUGGCACUCCACUCUCCGGACACAUUCGCCGAGAUCGUCGAUAGCUAUAUUGAUGGCUAUAGGAAAUUGGGGUGGAUGCCGGAGUGUAGGGCUAAUAAUCUACCUGGGUGGACGCAAGGAGGAUCGAGCGCAGAUCCCAUCGUGGGCCAUUUCGCGAUCAGUUAUCAUAACGAGGCCGCAGCGCUCGGGAUCGAUCUCGAUGAACUAUUUGCCGCACAAUUGCAGGAUGGGGAGGUCACGCCUCCGGAGUGGAAUAUUGAGGGGAGGCAGAUCGGGGUGUACAAGCAAUACGGCUACGUACCAUUCGCGGCGCUCGAUACGUCUAGCACGGGCCGUCAGACGCGUGAGGGCAGUCGGACGCUCGAAUAUGCGUUUGAAGAUUUUUCGAUAAGACAGGUCGCGCUGUUGCUCAACCAGACCGAUAUCGAGGCCGAAUACGCGAAUCGUUCUCUCUUCUACCGCAACGUGUGGGACCCGGAAGUCCAGAGCGACGGCUUCGAGGGAUUCAUGCAGAAGAGGUUCAUGAACGGUUCCUUCGCACAUACGAAUCCGGUCGACUGUUCGCCGAACGAUAAUGAUACGUCGAGGGAGUGUUCGUUGCAGGAGGAUAACGAGACGGGGUUUUACGAGAGUUCGGCGUGGGAGUAUAGCUGGUUCGCUCCGCACGAUACGGCAUACCUGAUGGAGUUGAUGGGCGGGAAUGCGACUUUCGUCAAGCGUCUGAACCACUUCUUCGAUGCUGGCUAUUAUCUCGCUGGCAACGAGCCUUCCUUCCAGACUCCGAUAGGAUAUCACUACGCGAACCAGCCCUCCAAGUCGGUCGAUCGUGUCCGCCAGAUCGUGUUUGAGAACUUUGGGAUCACUACGGAGGGGAUACCAGGAAACGACGAUCAAGCUGCGAUGGCCACGCUUCUUAUUUGGCACCUCUUAGGUCUCUACCCAGUCCCCUCCACCUCCGAAAUCCUCGUCCUCUCCUCCUUCAUCCCCAAAUACACAAUCCACAACACCUACCUAAACACCUCCACCACCCUCACAACCCUCAACUACGACCCCACCUCCGUCCUCAACGCCUCCACGAACGGCACCGUGCCCCCCGGCGCGUCCGCGUACGUUAAAUCUGUGACGAUCAAUGGUGUCACGCAGCCGGGAAGAUGCGCGUUCGAUUUUUAUGAUACGUUUAGGGUGGGGGGUGAGAUUGUCGUGGAGUUGACGGGGGAGAAGGGGGAGGCGGAGGGGUGUGAUGCUACGGGUGGAGGUGGAGGGACGGGGACGGGGAAUGGGACGGGAGGGGGGGUGCCGCAGAGUUUGAGUGGGGGUGGGUUUGCGAGUGUGCGUUGAGUGGGAUUUAGAGGGCUUUGGACGAGAUUGUGUGACUGUAUUUUACUCGACGUAUAGUUCUCGGCAACCGAACAUCCUCUGAAUGUCGUUCGGGCUGGCAGUACUUAGUGUCCACUGAAAUGAAACGGGGGCGUCCUUGAAUUCGAG